AUGUGCCGACAGAGACUGAGAGGCAAGCAGCACCUUUGUGAAGAGGGCACCUUCAUGGGAGCAGGCGGCACCAGAGGAUGUUUUGCAGACUUCGUUUGUGUCAGCAGCUUGCAGCUUGUGCGGCUACCUGCCAGCAUUCCGAUGGAGCUGGCUAUGAUGACCGAGCCUUUGUCUGUGGCCCUUCACACGCUGAAGCUGGCCGAGAAAUCCAUCCUGUCGAUCUUGGAUGGUGACGUGGCCAUCUUGGGGGCUGGCGCCAUUGGUUUAUGCCAUCUCCUGCUGCUAAAGCACGUAGGCGCCAAGAAUGUCCACAUCAUCGAUCCAUUGGAAGAUCGCCGCACCAUGUCCUUGCGCCUGGGCGCCCGCAGUGCACACUGUACUCAGCUGGCCACCGCUGAGUUGCGGCAGCUGGUGGGCCGAAAGGGGUGUGAACUGGUGCUGGAUUGCGCGGGCACAGAGCAGAGCUUCAAGACAGCCUUGCAGGUGGCAGGUUUGGCAGCACAAGUCGUCCUCGUGGGCAUCCCUGAGGUGGACUUUUUGCAAUACAACCCUCAUGUGGCGAGGACCAAGGAGCUGAGCAUCUUGAACGCCCGGCGUGCAAACCAGACGCUCCAGGCUUGCCUGAAUUUGCUUGUGCACUCUGAGCAGCUCCGAGAAAGAUGCGCGCAGAUUGUUACACACCGGAUGCCUUUAGAGAAAGUGCAGGCCGCAUUUGAAAUGGCCUCUUCGUACCAGGGCGGAGCGGUGAAGAUCGCCAUUCUGCCCGAGCUUGACGCCUUGUCCUUCCAAAGCAUCGGCCUCAUUGCUGGGACUCCACACAGCGUGGCUUAUUUGCAGCACCUGCUGGAGGAGAAGAUGAUAGUGAAGCUGGUGGCACUCGACUUGGACAUUUGGGACUUGACAUCAGAGGUUCAGGAGCUGUGCCGUGUGCAUGGCAUCCCACAGUUUGCUUUGGACGACCUUCCGGCCUUUGCGAAGGAUAUUCACUUUGACCUUCUCAUCGAUGCUGGCGCCAGCGCAGCCUUGGGUCAACCACCGGCGACGCCCUGGGCCUGCGCAUCGGUGCGCACCACCUUGCAACUGCCACAUUGGCCCUUGGAGAUGGCUUUGCUGGGCGGCCCAUGUGGAGGUGCCAGCACCUCGGCUCCGCGCAAGAUUUAA